GUAUGCUGACCGCAAGUGUCGCUCCCGCUGGCUCUCCCCUGUUCUGCUCACAUUCCUCGUGUCCUCCCAUAGCCUCAGCUCACGCCAUCCUACCAAGAAUCGCUUCCGACUCUGCUGAUGAUCAGGCAGUGCUGGCCCAGCUCUCAUCUUUACGGCAGCGCCUCGCAGGCUUUGUAGCCGAACAGCCAGACUCGGUGCUUCCGAUAGAGCUGUGCCGUCAGCUAGACGUAACAGGUGUGUCGAUCCUGGGCUGUCCUGCCACAUGGAUAUCUGAUGCUCGAAGGGGAGGUCACUCACAUGCCUCUCAGGGUGCGAGCUGUGGAAUGCGACUGUCACGUCACACUUCUUAGAAAGAGGUCGCGACAACAAAAGCCUGGUCUCUUUCUUAGCCAGUACUCGGACUUCAGCCUGCUUGCUCAUGGAGGCAGGUCGCAGAGAUGUUGACGAAGUGGAAACUCGCUCUCGAAUACUGGGAUGCUACGGCAAGACUGCUUCAUCACUCUGCAAGGCCGAUGAGUUGGAUCAAGCCAAGGAGCUCAGCCGUAGAGCUGUUCAGCUGGACGACGCCCUUUCCAAACGCCUCAAAGAGCUGCCGGGAGCCGUGGGAGAGACGUUGAGCAAAAGCGAUCGAGAAGCAGGCGUUUCCUACUCAAUGGCUCAGUUCGACAUCGCACUUGUUGACAAUGCGGACGAGCUCGCUGCUGCAGCCAUCGAUCGGGCUGAAGAGUACUGCGGUACAGACAGAGCACUCUCAGGACAAGUAGCCACAGCUUGUCUGAGUCGUGGCACAAGUCAUCUCCGAGCGUUCCUGUCCAAGCCUGUCCCAGCGCAGACUGACCUGGCUCGAAGAGCAAUAUUCUGGCUGCAGCGGGCCACGAGGAUGCUAGAGGCAGGACAAGAGUCGGAUAUCACCCGACCCCUGCUGAUACGCUGCUUGCGUAAAUUGGCUCGCGCCCACUGCGCUGUCGCUCGCAUCGAUACGAAGGAUUUCAGAGCAGCCGAAGCAGCUCUCAAGGAGGUGUCCGAUAUAUACAACGAGCAGGCACAGCACGAGUUCGAUACUCGCCUUGCUCUCCUCCACGUGGAAGUCCUGCAGCUGCGCAGUGCAUCAGAAUUGGAGCUGCUGCCUCUAUAUGAGAAGCUUUUCCGGCACAUGAAGUGGACUGAGGAGACUGUGAAUCGUACGCUCAUACUCUUGAGACCCUCGGAUCAGGCUCAAGCAUUACACCCGAACGUUUUUUCCAAACUUGCCAACGCUGCUGCGUCGAAGCCCUCUGAACGUGGAUCAUUUGUCGGACGCAUCCUAUUCACCUUUCUGGUCUCUUGUCGGCAGGAGACAGAUUUGGACUACUUCGAGAACAUGCUGAACGCUGUCGCAGCAGAGGACGAGAUCAGGAUGGAUCAAGCUGACACGAUGGCCUUGAUGAUAUUGAUUUGGAGAAGGGGAGACACCCUGUCUAGGGGCAGAGAGCCUCAGCUCCAGCAAGCAUCGCGAGCUUACGGACUGGGCACGCAUCGAGCCUUUUUCCACGAGCCAGCAACCGUGGCGAAGAGCAUCAGGAAAGUUGCACUGUGCCAACUCGAACUCAACAAUCCCCAGUCGGCGAUGGACAUCCUCGCCAACUGUCCUGCCUCGGUGGCAAACGAUGCAUCCAAUCAUUUCAUCGCCUUCAUCUGUGCUAUGCGUCUGGGAUCCAAGGACAUGGCCCUUCAAGCUUUUGACGCUCUCGUUUGCGCAUCCAACUUUCUCAAUCAGAUGCUGCCAAUGGUCAUUCAAGAAGCGCAGCAAGCAGGCUUCACCAGACUCUUGUUACGCGCCAUGUCGGAGACGGCUAUACGAGCAAGAAAUGACGCUGAAUUUUCGCGCAGUCUGGAUUUGACACUUCUGGGCCGUACUAUCAUCAAAGCACACUUGCCAACGCCCGAUCAGAAUUUCGGGUUGCACGAUGCAGAACAACUUGUUCUCAGCUUCAAGUCCAGCCUUGCCAUCUUUCAAGCAGGGCUGGAAGGUCGAGACAGCAACUCGAAGCUACCCGAAGAGUGCGAAUGGGUGGCGAAGACUGCAUACAACACCGCUAUACAGCUUGCAGACUCUGUGGACUCUGCUUUGAUCACUCAACUGUUCGACAUUGCCAGCGAGGCCUUUGAGAUGUGGCGCUUAUUCAUGAUGGGCAGCGGCGAGACCGAAAUAUUCCGCAUGAAGCUGAUGGCGCAGGUCACAGCGCUCGUGGGACAUUGCGUACAAGCGCGACGGCGUGACGGCGAGAGUGAUCUGUGGGAGCAGGUCUACGCGCGUUGUGAGGCAGUCAAGGCAACGCUCCACCAGGUUGCACAAAGCUGUGCACAGCUUACAAAGGAAGACCAUAAACGUGCUGAGCAAGUGCAGUUGACGGUCGAGCUGGCCAUAUGGGAAGCGCACGUCCACACACGCAAUUAUUCUGGAGUACAAAGUAGCUUGCAGGUCAUGACCCAGAUUCCCGUGUCAGAGGCUGCUGCCGAGAUGCUCUGGAGGUCGCCGGAGACUCCCAAAGACUUGCUACUGCGUGCUGUGAACAAAGUGAUAGGGUUGUUGGCAGAAACUAGCGACCCGGCCAGGUAUCUCCGGUGGAUCCGAGCGCUAGUCUCGCUGCAUUUGGAGGGCAACGGACCACCAGAGGUCGAGGUACUGGAAACAUUCCAGAGCGCUGUGGCUUACAUGAUCGAAGCGCAGCGUCGAAAUGAUCAGACACCACCCCGCGAUGAGAUCCUCUGGCUCCUAGCGACAGCUUGGGACUGUGGGAUGACUCUUUGGCACGUUAAUAUGCGAAGCUUGGCGGAGCCAUUUUUGAGUGCUGCCCUCAAUUUUGCUGAGGGCCUCAAGCGACAACUGGAUGCAAGAAGCGAUGAUCUUGGUCUACAUGAGCAACUGCUUGUACAGUACAGGCGGAUGUUCCCCGCGCGAGGAUCGGAUGAUGAGCACGACAUGCUCAGCGAAGCUUGACCACCAAACAUUCUGGUCGUAGCGAAUUUGGAACUUUCAGCCUACACUAGGCAAUGCAGAUAUGUCACGAACUUUUGAGGAAAGCUGAAUUGGUAGCCGCCUGGGCAAAAGCAUGAUUCGCCUCCUUGUCGGUUACC